AUGCUUUACAUUAACAGGAUAACAACAUUAAUAAAUACAUUUCUGAGGAAUGUUGUGGGAGGCAAAGUAUCGCAAGUAGUUGCCGAAGUGCGUGAACUUGUAGUAAACGAGAUUGGGAAGGUGUUUCCUAAAUUACCAGAUGGGUAUGCAGACGAGGAUCUCGAGUUUCUUCAACAGAAUGACAGGUGGAGCUCGGACGAGAUUGAAGCAGCAGUAAAACGGCUUCACCUUUGCGACAGUCGGUCAAUAUCAAGUGCGAAGAAUGAUCAAGAGAGUGGUGUGGACGUUAUACAAGACGACGAGAUGGAGCAAUCUUGCGAAGAGCGUGACACGCUUUCAAAAGAUUGUUUCGAUGUCCUCUUCGCUAUUACAUUGGAUGGCAAUGAUGACUUGUUUGUCGGUAACGUCGAGUCUCUGAAUUUAUUGUUCCGUAUUGCAGUCACUUCUUCUCAAUUGGAUAUUCGACAACACGCCCUAAAUUGUAUUCAAGAUAUACUAUCAGUGAACUGUCUUAAUGCGGUUGUGGCUUGGCAGAUGGGUGGCGUUGAUUUACUUUUGAGAACACUGAACGACGUUCUCAUCGUCGACGGCGAUGCAAAGCAGAUAACAGCCGUUUUAAAACUGGACGAGCAAUCUUUAUCAAACAUGAAUGCGUUUGCAGGGUUAAAGUACUUGACAAUCGCAAUGGACUCAAACUCAAGUUCGCCUUCGCUUUUCGCUGUAAACUCGCCGAUUGCGCAAGUUAUUGAAUCUAAUCACGUCUACCGAUAUAUCCUGGCCGUAACACGAUUAUUGGAAUAUGUUGCUGUUAUGUUAAUUGAGAAUAACACGUACAUCUUACAGGAGUAUACUCGAAUUCUAAUGCGGGUUCCUAUUCCAUCACGAAAUGCUGUAGUAAAUAUUAUACUUCGAAGCGUGUCGCGUCUGCUUGUAGACACGUUGAGCAGACAGAAUAAAUUAGACAAUAAACUUCUGGAUAUAUAUAUUCAGUUGUUACGCCGCAUUUACAGUAUUAAUGAGGACAAUGAGGAUCUCAAGACAACCAAUGGGAACAUUCACGAGGGAACGGACUAUACACCGAGAGAUGACCUUGAAAGAUUGCUUAUGACUGAACAGCAUUUGUUAGUUUUACAGAUUUUAGGUCUACUAGUUGAUUUAACAGGAAGAGACAUGGACUUAUUUGAUAGCUUACAGGGUUUUGAGACGUUGAAUGAUGUCAUUAUAAGAUCUGUUGUAUAUACUCCGCAUGAGCUUGCGGGAGCAACAGAUACUGGAAUAGAUAAUCGCAGACACGAUGAACCUAUGGCGGAGGAUGUAAUGGUGGCUGAUAUGGCACUAUGGUUGGUGAGAGAAUACAUUGUUUGUGGCCAAGGAAAAUCUCACAUUAUCAAGUGGCUAGUUAAACUAUUGGAAGAAAUACUUACUAAGAUCAGUCCCCCCAACUCAUCAACUGAACCAAACAAGAAUGCGUUCGACUCUGACGAACUAUUGUCAUCCAAUUUACCAACUAUCUGCCAUAGCCGUCGCGAGCGUACGAGAUUUCCCUGGUUUCAGACGAAAGUAUGUAACGUUGUUGCGUCUGUGUUCCGAAAGAGUGAACAGGUGAAGAAGCCGUUCGGUGAACUUGAUGGCCUAGGAGUUCUCUUGGCUAUUCUCAGUCAUACGUAUGAAUCUAAAGUCGCAACGGCUGCACUUUUAACUAUUGGAGAUUUUUUUGCUGGAUCUGAGAAAACGGAACAAUUACUUGGUGAUAAUUUCGCAUAUGAUGGGUUUCUUGAACUCAUUCAUGCUUCUUCGGCACCAAUUGACAUAUUAUGUUGCGAGAUUAUUCUCGAAGUCGCAACGGUUGGGAAAGUUCUUUUGUCCUUGUCAUCAUCCCCAAUAGAGUCUGAGCCGUUUUCAAUAAGUUGUAAUAUAAUGCCGUUUAUCUCUAAUUUACUGACGCCUAAGCCAUUGUUCAAGAAAGUAUUACCAUUCACCCAAAAACGGCGAACUGUUUUCAAGAAAAGUGUAAAUCAAGAAACCCAUGAUCAGCACAAGAACGAGAGCAAGCGAAUAAGUAUUCAUAGUCAAGCUUUUUUCUCAUACUGUCGAAGUUUAUCAGAUGCAAACGCUCGUAACGGCACUUUUCCUUAUCAAAGCACCCUUGCGACAGUAAAUGAAGAGAAUGUGACCGCAAGUGUUGUGUCCGAACCCUACCCUAGUUUGUUAAGCGCCAACACCACCGAUUUACAGCGUUGCAACAGUAUGGAGCUUCCCAGUCCAACGUUAGUGGAUUCACGCCGGAUGUCGGACAAUCUUGAAGAAGAGAAGUCAGUAUCUACUCGCAAGCGUAGCAACUCAAGAAAUUUGGGUGCAUUCGGCAUAAAUUCCAACUCUGUAGUGCAAAAUGGUACGCCGACCAGUACUAAGCUGCGUAGUUUAGCGGGAAUUGAAUUUAGAGACGCAGAUGCUGCAAUGAUGGCGUUGAAACUAUUGUCAUAUGUGGCUGAUAGCACAGAUGAAACAUUGCAUAACGAUUAUUUUAAACUUUUGAUGCUUCUCAUGGAAGUUAAUCCACGCAAUAAGGAGAUGUUGUGUGCAAACAGGGGAUUAAAAUUUGUAACCGAAGUCUUAUUUCUUAAAGGCAAAUCUCUCAACACUAAAGUUCCUUCAUACGUCGAUCUUAUUCCUACAUUGGGGGCAUACGACAUUACCACGUCGGAUAUCACACUUCUUUUCGAUGCAGCAUUUGACCCGUUGAGCAUGUUUGGUCAUUUUGUUGGCAGAGGAUUUCGAAGGAGGUCUAUUACGGGAAUACUGCAGCCUGUUGUACAAGCAUUUUCGGCUUCGGAAAAAGUUCAUGAAAUCAGUUUUGAUCCUUUCUUUAUUAGAGAGGUUCAAUCACAAAUGAUAUAUGCAAUAGAACGAAUAUCCGAAAGAAUGGAUCCUCCUUGCUACUUCAAUUUUAAUGGAGUAAAUAGUAGCUUCCGGACAUUUGCUUUAGAGAAAUUUCCAACUAGUAAGCGUGGAUAUACUGUUAGUCUUUGGGUUAAGGUUACAUCAUUUUUUGAGGAUGAGACAGGAUUGCUCUCUUACGAGGAUCAAGCUGGAAACAAUACGACAUUCGAACUCUAUUUCAAACGAUUGGAUGAAUCGAACAGGUACUGCCUUUGCGUAAGAACUCAGCAUUGGCCGUUGCCAGCGGAGGACUUUGUAUUCGAUGGGUUCGAUUUCGGUGAGGCUGGCAUCUGGCAUCAUAUCGUUUUCGUUCACUGUAAGCAGAGCACAUCGUUGAUUGUUGAUGGAUCAUCAAUACAAUCGUAUAAUAUGUAUAAUUAUCCAAGGGUUAAUAGCAAAGAUAAGGCAUUUGUUGCUGUUUUAGGAAAAUGUUGCAAGUCUUGGCCAACUGCCUGUCACUCAUAUCUCAACGGACGAAGCAAUUCUGACCCCAAUGAGAGAUCAUAUGGAUAUUUCUGUGGUCAGAUUGGUUCAGUGUAUUUCUUCCGUGGAUUAUGGGAUCUUUCUAUGGCCGAGAAAGUAUUCAAUGUAGGACCAGCAUAUGGUAGGAGUUAUCGGACAUUAGGUAUUGAGAAUAGGGAGGUGCUAGCAAUUCAUCCAUAUGCGUAUUUGAGUGAUGAACAGAACAAGACAUUAGAGUUAGAUAAAUCACGCAAGGGUUCUGAAUUGACAGAAUUCUCCAAGGUAGUUGGCAGAGUGGAAGGCGGAUGCACGCUGCAUGCGACAAGAUCAAUGAGAAGUAUUAUCGAACAAGCAGGAGGAGUCGAGUUGUGUUUCAGAUUUCUGGAGAUGGAUCAAGAAUAUCAAUUAAUCGGAUUGCGAACAAUAUCUAAUUUAUUGUAUAAAAGCCCCCAAAAUGUUGCAAAAUUCACUGAACAGAACGGAUUCGGCAUCUUGAGAGAUUUACUUGGAAGAGAUACUAAGAAUUUGAAGGAAGACCAUUUUGAUGUUUUAUUAGACAUAACAUGUGAUGGCAUCAUGCGUGACAACCAGAUGGUCAUUGUGAACACUGCCUGUCUUCGAGUGAUCAUUGAUCUUUUGUUUGUUAGCCAGGAGCAUGUUCAGUUAGCAGUUGUGCGCAAAUUAGUAGAUAUGAUAGUUGAACUACCGUGCAAUCUGAAAACGUGGAAGAGUAGCUUUGAAUUGGAUAUUUUGUUUCAAUUACUCGACACUCUUCCACCAACGCUUCGGCCUUUUAUAAUGAAAGCGUUAGAGACAAUGUUGGCUGAAUCGACACUGGAAGAAUUAACGAAAUUAUUCGAUUAUAUUUCGCCUGACAACGCAAAUGACAUGGACGUCAAAUACGACAUGUUGGAAAUGAUCUACAAAAGAAUGACAUGUGACAACUCAUUAUUGGAAAAAAUUCGCGGAUUGAAAGGACUCUCACAUUUGACGUUAUUCCUCAACGUUCCCAAUGAGAAGUUUCGAAUAGUAAGCUUGAAGAUGAUGGGCAUCUUGAUGAGCUCUAAUGUCAAACACAGCCGAACUUUUCUCACAAAAACAAAUGCAUUCGAUCAGUUGAAGACCCACUUGACAAAUUACCCAUUGUCUUUAGAAUUAACUCGUGUGGUGUUGGGAAUUGGAACUAACACCUAUCAAUGUAAUCCAACAACAAGAAAUAGUUCUACAAUCAGUGAUAAGCCCAUAUUCAGGAGAACUACUCUUCGGAUAUCAGAGGAUAAUUUAUCGCAUAAAGCAGCUGACGAGUUGGUAUAUCCAGAGGCUAUUCGACUACUGUUUGACUUAUUGACGGUUAGCCGAGAUACAGAGCUAGUCUUCCAAGUAUUGGCUGAUGUCAAGCGAGUAUUGACUCCAGACAACAUGCGAAUACUUUGGGAAUACAACUGGAUCGAUUGGAUCAUAACAUGUAUUAGAGAACGAGCGUUGUUAGAACCAGCUCACUUCAAUCGUUUCCUUGCUAUUACUGACACGAUAGUCCAGAAGAUGGUUAUAUAUGAUAUAUCGAGGAAAAAUUCGAUAACUACAAAAUCUUUCACGCUUCCCUCACCAUCGACGACGAAAACAUCCGUAAUUACUACUACUUCAGUACGAAGACAUUUUGUAUCUACUAUUAACACUUUUGCAUGUCACAAUGAUGCGGCCGUAAGGGCAGCAAUGAAAUCAACUGGUUUAUUUAAGAUAAGGGAUAUUUUAAUCAAAGAUUAUAAGGAUUUAGCUUCAAACGAACAUGUGUAA